GUUUAUAUUCACAUAACCGCAAAACAUUCAGCAAACAGUGGAAUUUCAUCACAGCAAAAUAUUCUGUGUUCAUAGUCACUAAGUGCAUAGCGGAAAGUAAAAUGGAUCGGUGGUCGAAGUUGAAGAUAGGCGCUGACCUAUUUGUUGGUAAAUUCGAUCGAAACAGUUCGGAAGCCGGAGAAUCGUUCACAUUUUGGCUAAGUGACUUCAAAACAUUGUGGAGCGAGUGUGUAAGCAGUAAAGAAAACCUGUUGCAACGAUUGGCUGAUGAUAAUCCCACAUUGACCAUCAGUGAUGAAAUGUCUGAUCAAUUGCUCGGUGCAUUGAACACUGUUGGGUCUGCGACCCAAGUGAACACAGACAUCAAGCCAGGCGAUGAAGAAUUCAAGCUUCAAUUCAAACUCUUACUUGGCGAAGGAACUGCACGAAAAUUCCAUUGGUUGUUGACAAAAUGCGAGCCACAAGUGUUCUUUGAUCAAAUCACCAAGUCACUGCUGCAUCAGAUUUGCGAUUUGAGCCAACUGAUCGACAUCGUUAAAAGUAAAGAUGAUGAAAUCAGACAACACAAGUUGGAGGGUGCACGGUCGUUGGAGCGUAGAAGAUUCAUUACCAAGGUGUUCAACGCUGAUGAAUUCAAAUCGCAAUCUCAAACGUUUGACUGUUCAGUCGAUGAUUUCCGAAGCAUUAUCGGCCCAUCAGCGAAGAAUCUCGCCAAAAACGAAGCAAACGAAGUGGUAAUCUCACCGAAGAAGCCAACAAACGCACCAAACAGAGGUGGUCGAAAUCGAAUGCUGUUCAGAAAUCAGCCAUUCAUCAAGCCUGGAAAUGUGCAGUACGACGAAUCAGAUGGUGACGAGGAUGAACCAGCUUCAGCCAGAACUGAAGUGGAAGUCAAGCCCGAAGAUCAAAUCAAAAUCGAUGACGAAGCCAAAAUUGAACCAGUUGAAACGGCUCCAAGGCCAACGAUGCCGAUUCCAAUUCCGAAAAAACGCCUUAAACGAGAGUUCAAUUGGUGACACAAUUACGUGUUGUUUUGAAAUUUACUUAUUUUUGAUAAGCUAAAAAAUGUGAGAUUCCUAAGAAAUUCAUUAAAAUAAAUUUAAAAAAAUACUAAUCUGUAUUGAAGAUAAUGGGAA